AGCCAAAGGGGCUUCAGUCGAUCCAAACAAUUCCACAAAGAUGCGCAACAACAAAUCAACUUGGCUGGGCGCAACUGUUGGGCUGCUGCUGCUGCUGCAGAUGCUGUUGUUGAUGAUGAUGCUCGGCGGCAGUGAGGCAGUCAGCGAGCCCGUGUGCACCUAUCGCAAUGCCGAGGACGAGACCGUGUUUCUCAAGUAUUUGCCGCUGUUGAAGAAGGGACAGGAUUAUGUGGACUUUGGCAAGGAGGGCAAAUGCCUGAAGCGCGCCAUUUGCACGGAUACGUUCAAGACCAUUGUCGAGGAAUGCGCCGACCAAAAAGUCACCUGUCUCAACAAGCAGCGCUACACGGGCGUCUUUCCCGCCUGCUGUGUCAAAUGCCCCUAGAUGAGGAUGCGCCUCCCUCUCUCCCUCUCUCGCUCUCUCUCUUCCUCUCGGGCUGGAUACAGGCCAUAUACAAUAACAAUAUAAAUAUAUCUAUAUAUACAUAUGUGUAUGUAUAGUCUAAACAAAAUAUGAUUAAUAAUAAUGACAACAUUUCUUGGUA